GCGGCCUUUCAAGUGAGGCCGAAGGCAGGAGGAGGAGAGCCGUUUUCUUCAAGGUCCUCGGAAACAAUUGCUUCGGAGACUUCAGUCUGACAGGGUCGCCAUUGAUGCAUGUCAGUCGCCAGAAGUCCCCCACGCCGAAAGGGUUUUGCAUAUUAGCCGGCGGGUUACAUCCCGCGACGACCAUCCCUUUUCGGCCAUCGGCGCAGCUCCGAGGUUGGAGCGGGGGACGGAAACAAAAGAUGGAGGGACUCGGUUUGACAGCAAGGAUUCGUGUCAACUUGGCUACCUAGUCACUCUAUCGCAUGCUUUUUUUCCACUAUCGGACUCCUAAGUGAGCGAACUGACGGACACGAAACCCGCGAAACCGUGGCUUCGAGAUAGAGCUUGGAUGACAAGACUGUUCUGAACUACACGCGUCGGUUGCACCAUUUCCCCUACUACGCCCCCCUUAACACACCUAGCCCAGACUGCCAGGCCGGCAGGGCGCACAUAAGCACAAUGCAGCGCGCCAUAGUGACCCUCGUCACACUGGGGAGCUGGGCGGCGCUGGCCCAGCAGAUGCUGCGCUACCAGUGCUCGCAGCUCACCGUCGAGCGGCUCGACCCUGUGGCGCAUCCGGGGGCGCGCCAGAGCCCGCACCUGCAGCAGGUCGUCGGCGGCAGCUCAUUCGACGUGCUAGCGGCCGACCACAACCUGCACGACCCGGUCGGCAGGUCCAACUGCACGACCUGCUCCUUCAGCGACGACUACUCAAACUACUGGACCGCGAGCCUGUUCUUCCGCGCCCGCAACGGCACCUUCAAGCGCGUGCCGCAGAUGCCCAACCUGGGCUUGAGGGGCGAGGGCGGCAUUACGGUCUAUUACAUACCGCCAUACGAUGGCAGGAGCAGGGUGGUGGCGUUCAGGCCUGGGUUUCGCAUGGUGGCUGGAGACCCGGCGCAUAGGCAAGCGGCAGGACAGCAACGGCAGAUUUGCCAUCGAUGCUUGAGUGACCUGACACAGAACAAGCCGGGCGGGCCGCCCUGCACCGGUCUGGACACGGCCUCGCUGCCCCGUGACAUCUGUCCCGGGGGCAUUCGCACCACCAUCACGUUCCCGACUUGCUGGGACGGCAGAAACUACGACAGCGCCGAUCACAAAUCCCACGUCGCCUAUCCCGCCACCGGCAGCUUCGAGUCCGGCGGACCCUGCCCGGCCUCGCACCCAGUGCACUUGCCCCAGCUGGUUUACGAAAUCGUCUGGGACACGCGCGAGUUCAACAAGCCCGAGAUGUGGCCCGAGGAUGGCAGCCAGCCGAUGGUGUAUUCGUUUGGGGACACCGUCGGAUAUGGCCAAUACGGCGGCUACAUUUACGGCUGGAAGAGCGAUGCUCUCCAACGGGCUCUGGACGCUCGCUGCACAAUGGAUAAAUGCAAAAAACUCAAGGUGCAGAGCACAGAGAACGCUGUCAAGUGCAAGAAGGCGCAGACUGUGCCGGAGCAAACUGAAGGAUGGCUACCUGCGCUGCCGGGAAAUCCUUUCGUCAACUGACAGCGAGAGGUGGAAAGCAGGGUUGAUCAAGAUUAGUGUCAGAGGGUCGAGAGUGUGAUGAAAGUACCAAGUAGAACAGUUUAUGGCAGGAUGUAGCCAUGGGAACUCCGAGACAAUAAACCGGUAGGGAUGCACCCAGAACAGAGACAGGGAACACACAGCGCCAGGAGGAGGGAGCAGAAUCCGACAAACACUGGAAACACUUAAGGGCAACCAGUUCACAAGAAGAAAAACUGAUGGACACAUGUCGAACAACUGGGA